AUGGGCAAUAUAAGGGCUAGAUUCGGAUACGCAGAUGACGGAGCCUUCCUAGCAACCUCUCUUUCCCUAGAGGCGAAUGCCCAGAACCUAUCAGAUUCCCUACAGGAAGCCCUGGACUGGGGUCUGGCACAGGGAAUUACUUUUGCACCAGAUAAAUAUGAACUGAUACACUUUUCACGACGUAUAACUGAUCAAGACCCUAGCCGUACACCACCAGUGAUAGCGGGAUCUGUCACAGUCUCAGAGAACAGAGUACGCCCUUACCUUCGCUGGCUAGGAAUCCUUUUCGACAAGAAACUCAGCUUCAAAUAUCAUGUCAAAGAAAUGGCCUCCAAAGCUAUAACUGUUGCAAAUGCAUUGCGUUCCCUUGGGAAUACAGUACGCGGAGUUAACCCUUACCUUAUACAGCAAGCUGUUAAGGCCUGCGUACUCCGCAGAGUCUACUAUGGCGCAGAAACAUGGUGGCCAGGCCGGACUCGCCUCGGCCCUGAUACGAGGACAAUCUCAAACAAAGUCCAGAGUCUCCUUGACAAGAUAACCCGAGUGAUACUAGCUGGGGCCAGAGCGAUUCUUCCAGUCUAUCGUACUACUCCAAUCCCUGCACUUUACCGGGAGUCAGGACUUCUGCCAGCAGAGAUUGAGCUAAACUAUCUAGCUGCUACUGCUACAGUCCGUCUCCGCCGUCUUGAUCCCUACCACCCUCUCCGCAGGAGAGCAGAAAGGGUAACCCGAACCGGCUUUCAGGAUAGUCGCUUUGCACGCCGCGUGCUAGCUCUCCCUGAGUCAGAACAACUGAACCCACUGCAAAAUGCCCCCUGGAUCCCACAAGAGGCACGCGAAGCAGUUCAACGGCGCAUCAAGGCCCCUAUAGGCGUAUCCAAGAAACAGGCAGCUGCUAGGUUUCAAAGAUUCUACGCCUCUCUUCUACAGACCGAUAUAAAGGUCUUUACAGACGGCUCGAAACUAGAAAACGGAAUGGCAGGCAGCGGUUAUGCCCUGUAUCAAUCUGGAAUGCUAUUUCAGCAGUCUUCCUUUUCCCUAGGACCGAAUAAAGAGGUCUUUGAUGCUGAAGCUGAGGCAGCUUUAGCAGGACUUAAAGCAGCUUUCAAAUUGGGUACUGCUCGCUUCGCCACUAACCUCUGGAUUUGUCUUGAUAAUCUGGAGGUAGCUACGCGCCUUCUUUCUCCUUUCACGGGCUCAUCUCAAGGGGUCUUCGAAUCCUUCCAAACCCUAGCCCAGUCCUGGCUGGCACGGGAGAGAUUCUCAUAUACCAAUGGCGGCACUGUACGGGUCUGCUGGGUUCCUGGCCACACACGAAUACCUGAAAACGAGGCAGCUGAUCAAGCUGCAAAGAAGGGUGCUACUAUAGAUCCUCCUAUUUCAAGCAAACACUCGCAUGCCUCGCUAAGGCGGCAGGCUAGGGCAAACGUCAGAACUGCCCUUCAAAGAUACUGGCAGGCCUCGGCUCCUCAAUCCUAUCAAGAUCUCUGGAUUACCAACUACCCUAGAUGUCCUGCAGAGCUAAAGCUCUCAAGGCCACUUCUAGCACGAAUUCUAGCUUCUCGCACAGGCCACGGAGACUUUGCAGCCUAUCACGAGCGGUUCAAUCAUGAAGAUGCCUACCUUUUCUGUCGCUGCGGUGCAAGAAAAACUACAGUCCACUUCCUUUUCUGCAGCGUUGCAAAAAGACGCAUGCCCCGACCUCCAGGACCCCCCUCUGACAUAAUUCCCUACCUGCUAGGCACCCCAAAAGGGGCAACUGAGCUGGCUACGUGGCUAUCAGAAGUCCGCUUCUUUGAAGAUAUAUGCAUUCGGCAUCCAUUACCUCAGCCAGACUGA